AGUGGAGUGAAGUAUAGAAAGAGAAAAAUUCUGACCAUGAGUUCCAAGUAUCGAUCUUGAAUUUUUUCACGGGGAAACUGAACUUUUGCCAUAAGCAAAUUGUUUCGGCCAAGUAAAUGUCUAUACCGUUUAAAGUCAAGCCGUAGAAACCUUAAAAUUUAAUGAUUAUAAGCCUAAAGAAUUAUCGUCGGUAAUCAGCAAUAUUUGAACCUGUUAGAAAUUUAAGGCUUUCCGUUGUACCCACACCCCCAGACAAUACAAUAAAAAAACAAGUAGACCUACUGGAAAAAUAGACGUUAAUAUCGUACAAAGUCGCCAAUAAUUCCAUGAUAAUUCAAUAGUUUAUUUGACUAUGUCACACCCCCUUGAAAAGAAUCUGACAAUAGUCAGAUCCAGCCAUUAUCAUUAGAUAUACCAUUAACAAUGGCUGCUCGUCACAUUACCUCGUGAAGAAAUUUCUCUGCACAAGUUCUAAUAAACCAAUAAAAAUGAAUGUAGUGACAGCGAUAAAAUUAUAUAUCACCCGGAUGACGGAGGAAACUGGUCCCGGCAUGAAGGUACUCUUGAUGGACAAGCAGACGACGAGUAUUGUGAGUUUGGUUUACAGUCAUUCGGAAAUAUUAAUGAGGGAGGUGUAUCUAUUUGAGAAAAUUGAUGCUGUGGUUCGGAGUGAGGCUCUGAGGCAUUUAAAGUGUAUUGUAUUCAUCAGACCGACCAAAGAGAAUGUUGCUCUACUUUGUAAUGAGCUAAGAAAUCCAAAAUACGGGACGUAUAACAUAUAUUUCAGUAACAUCAUCCCAACCGCUGAUAUUAAACUUCUCGCUGAUAGCGAUGAGCAGGAAGUUGUCAGGGAAGUUCAUGAACAUUAUGCCGAUUACCUAGCUAUUAAUCCACAUUUAUUUUCCCUUGGGAUUCACGCAUGUUCUGAAGGUUUAACAUGGAAGCCAGAAUAUCUACAGCGGAGUUGCGAGGGGAUAAUUUCGGUGCUGCUAUCCCUGAAAAAAUGCCCCUAUAUUCGUUAUCAGAGUAGUUCCAAAAUGACCAAGAGGUUGGCAGAGAAGAUUCGAGAAGUGCUGACCAAAGAGUCAAAUUCCUUUAAAUUCAGACAAGAGACUGAUCCUAUCCUGUUGAUUUUGGAUAGAAGGGAUGAUCCUGUGACACCUUUGUUGAAUCAGUGGACAUAUCAGUCCAUGGUCCACGAAUUAUUGACUAUUAAUAAUAAUCGGGUUGAUUUGUCCCACGUUAAGGGAAUUUCUAAGGAGCUAAGAGAGGUGGUUUUGAGUGCUGAGCAUGACGAGUUUUAUGCUGAGAAUUUAUACUUGAACUUUGGAGAAAUUGGACAGACGAUUAAAGAAUUGAUGGAGGAAUUUCAACGAAAAGCAAAGAAACAUCAGAAGGUGGAGAGUAUCUCUGAUAUGAAAAACUUCGUUGAGGCCUAUCCACUGUUCAAAAAAAUGUCGGGAACAGUUUCGAAACACGUGACGGUUGUCGGUGAAUUGUCAAAUCUAGUCGGGCAACAUAAUUUGUUGGAAAUUUCGGAGACGGAGCAGGAACUUUGCUGCCAGAGUGAACAUUCUAAUCAGCUUCAGAAAAUAAAAAAAUUGCUAAACAAUCCCAAAGUGCGAGACAUUGACGCUACGAGAUUAGUAAUGCUGUAUGCUCUUCAUUACGAGAAAUAUACGAAUAAUGAGAUUGGGACUCUUGUUGAAAUGCUAAAGAAACGAGAAGUUCCAGAAAAAUACACGAGGCUGGUGUAUAAUAUCUUGGAAUACAGUGGUAUAAACAUAAGGCAGUCGAAUUUAUUCGAUCGUGAGGCUGUAGCGAAAAUAACAAAAAAAUUAUUUAAAGGAUUGAAUGGAGUUGACAACGUCUACACUCAACAUAAUCCUCUUUUAACUGAAAUCCUCGAGGAUCUUAUUAAAGGAAAAUUAAAUAUGCAAAUCUAUCCCUACCUCGGUAAUAUGAUCAUGACGAAAAGAACUCAAGAUGUUAUUGUCUUCAUCAUCGGUGGUGUUACAUAUGAGGAGAGCCUCGCAGUCUACAAUCUGAAUAAACAAAAUCCUGGAGUGAAAAUAAUCCUUGGUGGUACAACAAUUCACAAUUUUGAGAGUUUCUCUGGGGAAAUUGUCUCGGCAAUUGACGGUGUAGCAUCAAAAUAUAAAUCGAGAAAUCAUUGAUUUUCACUGACGAACUGAUUUUCAAAAAAUAUUUAUACGGCAUUCCUCUAAACGACAUAUAUCGUAAAACCGGUGAAUCUGCUCGUAUCUAGACUUUCAUAUUAUCCACUGAUGGGUUUUCAACCUUUUUCUUUCAAUUUAUAUUCUUGUUAUUUAUCCCAGUGUAAAAGUACAAUGAAUUUAUUCUUGAAUAAAAUGAUUUGGCUGUAUGAUUCCCGAAAAAUAAUA